GCUGCACUGCACUCGUAUGGGCGGUCCAAGAGACAAGUAGGAGAGGAGACCCAGGCGCAGUCGGCGACAUGCUCGACUCCAUCUGCACCCUUCCGCUCGACCAUGACAUCUUCGCCCAAGCGGUGCACCCUAAUGUCCCCCUCGUGACUGUCGGUCUGUCCUCCGGUCACGUCGCCAGUCUUAGACUCCCGCCCGUCGACGACGACUCGGAACCGGACGACGUCAAACACCCGCACCCGUCCGGCCGACGAGGCUCCAAUGGCACCGACUUCGUCGACACCACCUGGCGCACGAAACGACACAAGGGAAGUUGUCGCUGUCUCGCUUACAGCAUCAGUGGACAGCAGAUUUACUCUGCAGGCACCGAUGGCCUGGUCAAGGCAGCCGAUGUAGAAACGGGGAGAGUCGUCGGAAAGGUCGCCAUCCCUAUGGGCAAGGUGGGCGAAGAAGUGGACGCGCCGACUGUGAUUCAUGCGUUGAGUCCUCAGACGCUGUUACUCUCCACCGAUUCUGGGGCAUUGCAUUUGUAUGAUCUGAGGGAUCCCGCGCCUGCUCUGCCCCUGCAGGAUGGGAAGACGGCAUUUGUCACGGGGAAGCCAAGUCAGACUUACCAUCCUCACGCAGACUACAUCUCGAGCCUUGCGCCCAUACCUGCGAGUGCCGCCAGCACGAGCGGCUACAGUAAGCAGUUCCUCACCACCGGGAGUACGACCUUGGCCUUGACGGACCUGCGGAGAGGUGUUCUGGCGAAGAGUGAGGACCAGGAGGAGUUGCUGCUGAGUAGUCUGUACAUCACCGGUCUCCCUGCGAAGAAGAGCAGCGGGAGCUCUGGAGAGAAGGCUGUGGUGGGUGGCGGCGAUGGUGUGAUCACGCUGUGGGAGAAGGGACAGUGGGACGACCAGGAUGAGAGAAUCAUCGUCAGUAGGGAAGGGGAAACAUUGGACUGCAUGGCCACUCUUCCCGAGGGACUCGGCGGACUGGGCAAGAAGAUUGCAGUGGGAAUGGGAGAUGGCAGGAUACGAGUGGUGAGGUUGGGCAUGAAUAAAGUCGUGGGCGAAUUCGUGCAUGACGAGGUGGAGGGAGUCAAUGCUAUUGGAUUUGACAUUGGAGGGAGAAUGAUUUCUGGAGGCGGCCAGACACUGAAAGUGUGGAGAGAGCAUAUUGCUGAAGACGAUGACGACGAGGAAGAUGGUGCAGCUGGGAAACGUGCGGUCGACAGUGACGACGAUGGAAGCGAUCGGGACCAGGACGACAGCAGCGACGAAGACCAGGGGCGGACGCGCAAGAAGAAGAAAAAGAAGAGAUCCAAAGCGCCGCAGAACGUGCAAAGCUUUGACUUUGGUGGACUGGAUUGAAUGCGUUGAAAAGGUGGAUCUAAUGGGGAGGCUGCUGCAUUGCUUACAUCGCAAAGAUACCCAACUCCAAAAGUCGGUGUUUGACGAAUGAACGAAAAUGGGAAAACUCCACUGCUUGUAUUCGCGCUUGCUGCGCAACACAACCAACUGUCAGGCAUGUAAUAACAUGUCUCGCUCUUCACGCGCGGAAUCAUCUCUUCGGCAUUCGCGUGCUUCAACACAUCUGCCAUCUAUCGAGUGGUGCGUGUAUCCAUUCCGGUCCAGUCGUCAAAACUAAUCAAUCAAUCAUUGGGCUCCUCCAGCCAUGCUCGAUAGAAAAUCUGAGAGCGAAGUCUCAAUCGGGAUGAAUCUGGGACGGCAGUACAAGGAUGAGGCUCACUGGGUCCAGAAUACGUUUCUUGUAAUCCCAGCAGUGGAUAGUCGUAACUACAUGUAGCGGCAUCGUGGCAGUGUCUUCUAUAGAACGAUCAAGAUACCUAUAGUUUAGAA